AUAAUUAACACCUAAAUUAAAGUUUACAUAAUUAACACCGAAAUUAAAGUUUACAUGACAAAUUUCCAAGGUUUCACUCUCAAAAAAAGAGGUAAGAUCAAUGGGAUACUUUAGGUACUUAUUAGGGAUCCAAAUGUUAUACGCGGUGGCAUAUACGUCAACAUUGUCGUUAGUGACAUCAGAAAAUAAUGAUUCAUCAAUCGCAUCUACGGCAGAAACCAAUAAUUCAUCAAUGGCUUCUUCAACAGAAAAAAAUGAUUCAUCAAUCGCAUCUACAACAAAAAUUCAUAAUUUAUCAAUGGUGUCUACAACAGUAAAUAAUGAUUCAUCAUUGACGUCUCCAACGAAUAACAAUGAUUCAUCAAUAGCAAUGUCGCCAAAUGAAAAUAACAGUUCGUCAGCAGCGCCACAAACAGCGCCAUCAGGUUCAAAUGAUGACAUCGUAAUAUGUGUUAGAGAUUGCAUGGGUAUUUGCAUGAAUUUAGACAACGCCACCUCGCAUGACUGCGAGAGUGCUUGUCGCAAGGGAUGUAAACCAUUAAUUUAUAGAAAAGAAAUAGUAUCACUUGGUAAUAAUAAUAGUUCAGAUUUCAUGGUAGAUAAAUUCAAUAAGCCUAUGGAUAAACCUGCUUAAUGAUUAAUUAAUGACUUUUUCUUUGAGGUUGUUUGUGUUUAGAUAUGUAUUUUCGUAUACUUAAAAUCAUAACAAUAAUAAUUUAUUUA